AUUCAUUGUAGAUGCAGAAUUUCAAUAAAAGCUCAAAAGAGCUAAAGUAGGGUUAAUAAUGGGUAUAUUGUAUGUCUAGAGAUUAGACAACAGCUCAUCCACCAAAUUAUGGGGUAAAAAAGAAAACAUAUAAUUUUGAGGGAUCAAGGGGAAGAGACAUAAAACUUUUAUCUUCAUGUAGAGGAAGACAAACAAAAAAAAAAAAAAAAAAAACCUGAAAGGAGUUGGUGAAAUUAUAUACGUUAAAGAGAAAUUUCAAAUAUUAUUUAAUUCAGGUGUUAAAAGAAAAGGCUAAUUAUACUUCUGUUACAUAAAACAAGUAAGUUGAAAAUAAAUCCUCAAUAAAUGUAAAAAAAAUAAAAAUAAACUUGCAAUAAAAUAUAGUGAAUAAAUGUUAUUUUACAUAAAGAUUACAGCACUCCUUUUGUAUACUAUAACGCUAUGAUCAUUAAAGGCCCUUUAUUUCCAAAUUCAAAGAGAUUAGUUUAAGUUUUAAAACUUAUAUUAUUAGAUAGGAAAAUUACAAUAACGAUAGUUAAUUGAAGUGAAAAUAAUUAAAUUUUUGUUAAAUAAUAUUUUAUAUAAUUUUUUUAUUAUUUUUAAUUACAUACAUCUUUUUAUCUAAAAAGAUUACAUACAGAAAAUCGUUAUUACUUUUUUUUCUUAUUUCUAUGAAAUUCCUUUUUUCUUUUUUUUUAAAUGUAAUACUCUAGUCACUAAUAGGCACUCUAAUUAUAAAUUAUAGCUUUGCCCUUAUACAAAUCAGGGUUCCUCAUAAUAGAUACAAAAUGAUUUUUGUUUUAAGAAACGCUAAAAAUAUUCUUUGUUAGGUAAGUAGCAUUAAAUAUCAAUAAAUGUUUAUAUACAAUACUUCUUAAGAACAGGAAAUUUUUUGCUUUAAAAUAGUUUAUAAAUAGAUUUUAUCUUUGUCUUUAUAGUAAUACAAUAAUUUCCAUAGAUUCUAUCAUUUGAUAAAAAUUGGGUCUGCAAAGAAAACCAAGAUGGAAUCUUUAUGCAGUGAACAGACGUAUCAUGUAGUUUUGUUUCCUUUCAUGGCGAAAGGCCAUACAAUCCCUAUUUUAGACCUAGCACGCCUCUUUCUCCAUCGCCAGAUAGCUGUUACAAUCUUCACUACUCCAGCCAACCUGCCCUUCAUUGCUGAAUCUUUGGCUGAUACCAACGUCUCCAUUGUCGAACUGUCUUUCCCAAGUAACGUCCCUGAAAUACCUACAGGCAUUGAAAGUACCGAUAUGCUCCCUUCCAUGUUACUGUGGCCUUCGUUCGUGUUUUCAACCAAGCUCAUGCAGCCCAACUUUGAACGUGCCCUCGAGAAUCUUCCACCUGUAAAUUUCAUGGUAUCUGAUGGGUUCUUGUGGUGGACUCUUGAGUCUGCAAACAAAUUUGGUUUUCCGAGAUUUGUGUUUUUUGGGAUGUCCAAUUACGCCAUGUGUGUGGAAAAAGCUGUGUAUGAGAACAAGCUUUUGUUUGGGCCUGAAUCAGAAGAAGAAUUGAUAACAGUUACUCCGUUUCCAUGGAUAAAGAUUACUAGAUCUGACUUUGAUCCAUCCUUCUCUAAUCCUGAAUCAAAGGGUUUGUUCUUUGAGCUUGCAAAGUUAGUGUUUACAGCUGCAUCAAGUAGUUUUGGUUAUAUAAUGAAUAGUUUCUAUGAGCUUGAACAAGUUUUUGUUGACUAUUGGAAUAAUCACAGUGAACGACAACUGACAUGGUGCAUUGGACCUCUAUGCCUAGCCGAGCGACCAAGGCUUCAACGUGUAGAUAACAAUAAACCCACUUGGAUUCAGUGGCUAGAUCAAAAGUUGGAGCAGGGACAGCCAGUACUGUAUGUAGCAUUUGGGACUCAAACAGAGAUUUCACUGGAACAAUUACAGGAAAUAUCAAUUGGGUUAGAAGUGUCCAAGGUAAACUUUUUGUGGGUUACGAGAGACAAGGGAAUCAACUUAGAAGGUUUCGAAGAGAGGGUUAAAGGAAGAGGGAUGAUAGUUCGAGAAUGGGUUGAACAAAGGGAGAUCCUGAUGCACAAAAGUGUGCAAGGGUUUUUGAGUCAUUGCGGGUGGAACUCAGUAUUGGAGAGUAUGUGUGAAGGAGUACCAAUUCUUGCAUGGCCAAUGAUUGCUGAGCAACCUCUGAAUGCAAGAAUGGUGGUGGAGGAGAUACAAAUUGGGCUGAGAGUAGAGACAUGUGAUGGAUCAGUUAGAGGGUUUGUGAAAUCGGAAGGUUUAAGAAAGACGGUGAAAGAGUUGAUGGAAGGAGAUGUAGGGAAGAAAACAAGGAAGAAGGUGAAAGAGGUGGCAAAGAUGGCAAAAGAAGCUAUGAAGGAUAAUACUGGAUCCUCUUGGCGCUCGCGAGAUUUGCUCAUUCAAAACUGCAACUGCAAGGUAUCCUUGUAAUUAGUGCCAACAACACUUGCAUUGUCUUGUCUGGUUCAAAUCUAGAUUUAAAAGGUGUCACUCUGUCAGUAGAGUAAAUUACCUCUAACUUUAACCUAGUUUGAAAUUGAGUCUAAAUAUUUUCUGAAACUUGAUUUACUAUAUAUUGGAUAAUUUCGAGUGCGUUAGUUAUGUGCUUAGUGUGUUAAUAAAAGUUUAACAUUUUAACGAUAUUAUAAAUAUUUCUUAAAUAAAUCAAUUAACUCCAUAUAUAUAUAAUUAUAAUUAUAAUUAUAAGCAUAUAGAUCAAGUAAUUCAUCAAAAUGAAAAAUUUAUAAAAAAAUUCAUAUUUU